AUGAUUCAUGCAGGUACACGAUUGAUUAAAAACGACUUCAUUUUUAUUACGGUUGAUACGAACGAUCAACGACAAUCUUUUUUAUCACCCUUAUCCGGUACAGUUACUAAAUUGUAUGUUCAUGAACUAGAUAUUCUCUCCUAUGGUUCAAUCAUCCUUGAAUAUGAAGAAUGUCGGCAUACGAUCACUUUUAAAAAUCUUUGUAGUGAUUGUGGUAUCGAUUUAAAUCAAUUGAAAAAUGUUUUACCAGCAUCGAUAUGUACAAAAUCUGUCAUAUCAAUGGAACCUUCAUUUCCAACAGUAAAAGUCACUGCAGAAGAAGCUUUGAAGUAUGACGAUGAAGAGCGCAAUCAUCUUCUUCGUAAACGUAAACUUCAUUUAUUGGUUGAUCUUGAUCAAACUCUGGUUCAUACGACAAAUUCUAGGAAUCCCUAUCUGUCGUCACCAGAUGUGAUUGCCUAUCAACUAAACACUGCAAUAGCACAAACAUUCUAUACGAAAUUACGUCCAGGUGUUCAAGAAUUUCUCACGAAUCUUCGAUCAUUCUAUCAAUUUCAUAUAGUUACUUUUGGUGAUCGACCGUAUGCACAUACUAUAGCUAAACUAAUCGAUUCGAAUGGAACAUUUUUUUCUCAUCGAAUCUUAUCACGCAAUGAAUGUCACAGUUUGACAGACAAAACAGCCAAUUUGAGUAGUCUCUUUCCUUGCAGUGAUGCGUUGGUCUGUAUUAUAGACGAUCGUCAAGAUAUCUGGAAUUACGCUCCAAACCUGGUUCAUGUCAAACCGUAUAUGUGGUUCAAAGAUGUUGGUGAUAUCAAUGCUAUCCAUUUUUCAUCAUUAUCAAUCUCUCAUACACAAAUGCUUCCACCAAUUAAUGAACAAAUCGAGACUAGCGAAGAAAGAGGUCAACCAGGUGAAAAACGCAAAUUCGAUAGCAAGAACGAUCAUUUAAAUAAAAGAGUAACAGAACACAACAAUUCCAAUGUAAUUGUGGAUAGUGAUAUCUAUUUACGCCAACUAGAAAUUAUAUUAAAACGCAUCCAUACGGUAUUCUAUACGACUUAUGAUCAAUGGACUCAAAACAAACGUGGGAAUAUGCCAACUUUGAAGCAAAUUAUGCCUGAUAUUCGUCGACAAGUGCUCAAUUCUGUCUCUCUGUGCUUCUCUCGUUUAAUUCCAAAAGACUAUCCAAUGGAAAAACAUCGUGCAACAAUUAUGGCUAAAAUGAUGGGAGCAACAGUCACUCAUGAUCUUCAAUUUGAUCGCAAUGGCACCAUUCGAACGACACAUGUCAUUGCUGGAAAACAAACGGUGAAAGUCAAUCAAGCUCUGCAAAACAAUAUAAAAGUUGUCACACCUGAAUGGUUAAUUGAUUGUUAUGAACAAUGGGAAAAGAAACCGGAAGAAAACUAUAUCCUUAUGCCAGAUUAUGAUGUUCGAAAAUCAAGAUUAUUCACAGAGGAAAUGCCUCGAGUGUCUAAACGACGUUAUUGUGAUAUGCAACAAGAAAUCUUUGUCGUCACUCGACCAUCGCUUUGGAAUGAACAGAUAAUAACUGAUCAAAAACAGUCUCAAACACAUAGUAGUAGCCUUUCAGAUAAGAUUCCACUGGAGCAUUCAUCUGACCAGUGUAACUUUAGUAUGAGCGCUGACGAAUAUUUUAAUGUGGAAACACAAGUGAAUGAAUUAUACAUUGAGGAUGCUGACGAUUCUAAUGACACACAUCCACGAACAUCGAAACGACAACGCACAGCGACACCUGCAAAGACUUUCGAUAAGAAUACGGACGAUAAUGAUGAGGAUGACGGUUUUGACUCGGAUUCAUCGAGUAUGCAGGAAUUGCACGAUUUGAUUUUUAGCAAGAACAAUGACAAUAGUUCAGAUGAAGAAAGUCUCGGUGAUGAUGAUGUACCUCGAGGUUGGAAAAUGGUCUACAGACAAAAAUACUAA